AUGAUAUGUAGUUUAGAAUCAAAUUCGGAGAUUGUGCUCCACUGGCUAUCCGCACCACCACGGAAUUGGAACACAUACGUCUGCAACAGAACGGCGGAGAUUCUGAACGACUACCCACGUAGCUGCUGGAGCCACUUACGCUCCGAGGACAAUCCUGCCGACUGCGCAUCUCGGGGACUUCACCCAUCGAAGCUUCUAAAACACGACCUCUGGUGGAAGGGUCCAUCCUGGUUGGGCCAGCCACAAUAUGAAUGGCCGCUAUGUACAACCAAGUUCCGAGCUGACACAAAUUUCGAGGUCAGGGCCGAGGAACGUCCAGCCAAGCCCACAAUUCUACAUAGCUUUCCUGACGAAAGUAUCGACGAGUUGCUCAUCAACAAGAUCUCAUCCUGGACUCGUCUCAUACGGGUAACUAGCUAUUGUUAUCGCUUUAUUCAUCGUCUUCGUUCGCACCACAGGCCUGUUUCUGAGUAUCUCACAUCAACGGAACUGCAGGCAGCUCGGGACCAACUCAUUCGCCAUAUCCAGCGAAAGGCUUUUCAAAGGGAAUAUACACAGCUAGAAAACGGACUCCAGCUCCAUGCAAAAUCUCCGCUGAUCCGGUUUUCUACAUUUCUCGACCAUGAGAAACUACUCAGAGUUGGUGGACGAAUCGAGAGAUCGACUCUCAUCUACAACGCCAAGCACCCGUUGCUCAUUCCAAAGAAUUCUCCAAUCGCAGAGUUACUUGUACGACAUUCUCACGUGACGAACCUACACACAGGGGUGGAUGCAAAGCUCACAAAUCUUCGUCAACAGUACUGGAUCUUAGGUGGUCGCAACAUUGUCCGAAAGACUGUCUUCCAAUGCAAGCGCUGCUUCCUUCAACGCAAGGCUACAACUAACCAGAUCAUGGAAGAUCUACCUAUGCCUCGAGUUCAGGCCAGCCGCUGCUUUCAUCAUACCGGGUUGGAUUAUGCCGGCCCAAUAUCAAUCAAAGAAUCUACUGGACUUACACCAAGGAUCGGAAAGGCAUGGUUCGCUAUAUUCGUAUGUCUAACAACCAAGGCGAUCCACGUCGAAGCAGUCACCGAUCUAACAACCAAUGCGUUCAUCGCAGCUUUUCAACGAUUCACUGCUCGCCGCUCUAAGCCGACUGAUCUCUACUCAGACAACGGAACAACGUUUCAUGGCAGCAAACGAGUACUCGAUGAGAUGAGGCUACUCGCCAUGAAGCACAGCAAGGAUGAAUAUCUAUCCAAUUAUUUCGCCAACGAAGGUAUCUUGUGGCACUUCAUACCGCCUUCUUCACCACAUUUCGGCGGAAUAUGGGAGUCUAGAGUUCGGUCCAUCAAGCUACAUAUGAAACGAAUAAUGGGAUCGACAGCAUUAACCUUCGAGGAACUUUCUACAGUGUUGAUUCAGAUUGAAGCCUUACUUAACUCUCGUCAUCUUUGCUCAUCCGGGGAUACUACCCUCGAUCCGCUCACACCAGCCCAUUUCCUGACUGGCGCUCCCUAUACUGCUAUACCGGAACCAUCCCGCCUCGAUGUUCCCAUCAACCGCUUGGAACGAUGGACUCAACUACAAGCAAUGGUCCAAGGGUUUUGGAAACGUUGGCAUAUGGAAUACCUCACUUCUCUCCACGAGCGAACAAAAUGGCAACUGGAGAACGACAAUUUAAAGGUCGACACACUAGUCGUAAAUGGAUACUCGGACGGAUCCUGGAGGUGCAUGCCGGACAAGACGACAAGGUCCGAGUUGUUACCAUCAAAACCGCCCAACGAGUAG